AUGACUUCGCCCACGUCCAACGUUUCCCCGGCCGAAGGCCAAGAGCAGGCAGCCCCUGUUGCCGAUGCGACGCCUCAAGAGACCAAAUCCAAGACACUACUCCGUCCUUGCGCCCUUUUGCUUGGAAAUGCUGUUUUCGGUGGCGGCGUCAAGUUUGACGGCAUAAUACACAUCGCCCUCGUCUCGACCUGUCCUCCAGGGCAGGACCCGUGGAUUGGUCUGGAACUGCAUUUCCCCAUCGGCCCGUUAAACGAGGACAAUGGCUUUGGCAUGAUACAUCAUGUGAUGUCCGGGCCAUAUACGGUAAAGCCAGCUACGACUCACCGCGUCCGGGUCAAAUUCCCUCGCGACAAGUUCGAUUGUGUUGCUACGUCCGCCAGCGCAGAUUUAGUUUCUCGCAUGUCCACGGCAUUCAAAGACCUCACAAUUCUGGAGCUACGCUUGCAUAGUGACGCCAAAAUCACGAUAGAGGGCUAUGGAGUCCCAUUUGCGAACCAAUAUCAUCCUUGUGGCGAAUGGCUUAACGAGAACAUACCAAUGGUAGAAGGCCUGUCGCUGUUGGAUGUCCUUGAGCAGAGGACAUUUCGAAUCGCCGUGGCGCUGUCCGUCGAUGUUGCCAAGAGACAUGUCGACUAUACCAGGCUGCCCUCGCCAUCGAAAAACGCGCCUGGACAGGGCAUGGACUUGGAAGUCGGAUCACAGUCCCUCUGCGAGAACGACCUGGCGACAAAGGAACAGGCAACCGACAACUCCACGCCUCGCCUCAGUCACGCGUGUCUCCCCGUCAUCAACCUCCUUGGCAUACCGGAAGACCUUGUUGAUGCGCUCAUGGAAGACGUGCUCCCUGAAGAUCGAGCCAGAUAUCGCAAGUACCUCUCCGGCCGGCCGCUAGGUUUCGGCGUCAUAACAGGUGGUCCCGGCUUUGGCAAAACCACAACCCUCGCCAUUGGCACGAUAGCAAUGGUUUAUAGCCUCGGACGGAUCUACUGCAGCGCACCUACACAGACUGCUGUGGACAAGUUUGCAUCCCGACUCCAACAAAUCGCCAGUGCUGUUGCGGCCCGAUGUAGUGCAAGCCGUCCAGUUGGAAACCAGGUUCGGAAGCCGCUCAUCGUCCGUCCUCAUGCGAUUUCGGACGAGCUUUUUGCCUUCAAGCACUUGUUGCAGCACCCCCAAGACAUAGACGGUGCCGUGAAAACCACCGAUUACGCUGUCUCGUCCGACUCAAACCUGCACCUGUCCUUGGCGUUUUGGGUCCUCGUCGCCUUGCGCUCAAAGGCAACUGAGCGGUUCGACGUUGGUGCCAUGCCCGAUGCCCUUGGCUGGUUCUACGACAGCACGCACAGCAAUCCGGGCCUUUGGAGAAUUCGAGACAUGGCGACUGGGUUUAUGGACUGGGCUCAAUAUUGCGAAGGUGAAAUGGUUCCCGACGACAGAAUUGUGUCGGCCAUGCAGUCCGUUCUUCGUUCCGCCGAUGUCGUCUGCGCCACUCCCGCCAUGUCUUUGCUGCACAACAUUGCCGAGUGGAAAAAGCGGUCUACAGGCGUUGCCGUUGACGAAGCGUCCAGCGUCAAAGACCUGUCGACGAUCUGGACCAAGGGUUUGCCGUGCCCUCUCGCUGGCGAUGAGUAUCAGCCCUCCGCAGAUUUCGAGGACAUUCCCAACAUUUUCGGAAAUGACACGCAGCGUGUUGGCGAUCAUCCUCUAUGCCCUGGUCCCAACGGCAAUGUGUUACCGUUUAUGUUCUUCAAGGCCACUGGCUGGCCCAUUUACCGACUGCGAACACAGCUGCGAAUGGCUGAAGGGUUGUUCGACCUCUGUCAUAGUGAGGUUUACAACGAGAUACCCCUUGUCUAUGGCCCUCGGAGCGACAUUGGCCUGCCGCAUCACAAAAUCGGCAGAGACCUGGAGGCUUUUCUCAAAGGCAGAUUCCCGGACAUAUCGCCCGCUCCAGAUGGGUCAUUGCAGCCUGUUUUUGUCCACUGCAAGGGGUCAUUUUGCAACAGGCAGACCUAUGAGAGCCUUGACCAAGUCAAGAUUGCGCUCGAUUUGGCCCGCGAUUUCGUCAGCUGCCAGGCCGUCGAUCCUCGCCAGAUCAUCAUCAUGUCGACGAGUUUGGCUAAUGUCGGGCUCGUUUCUCGCCAUCGGGCGUCGCCCGAAUACGCCAGUCUUGCCGACAUGCCGCCAGCGUCCAUGUUUGAGCCAGGUCGCCAGGGUGACAUCGUCUUUCUCGUCAUGGGAACGUCAAAAACAAGCGGCCCCGGCUUCACGACGAACCAGCAGCGCUUGAAUGUGAUGCUCAGCCGUCAUCGGUGCGGACUUGUCGUGUUUGGCGACAUCAACGUCGCAGGUCCAGUGGAUGGAACAGGCACAACCAGGGCCAAGACACUUGGGAAGAGGGCCAAGAAGGAAGACCACUACACGUUUUCGGUAGUUGGCGAGGACGGCAAGAAGCAUUGGAUGAAGGCAGGCAUGCUUCACAAUGUUUAUAAAGCCUUGUACAAAGCGGGUAGAGUGGUGACGGUGGGGGUUGGUAGGCCGCAACCUGAAGGGCAUUCUGGGCUGGAUAUUGAGUAA